AUGAUAGAAAACCGGCUGUACUUUGACAAUUUGAGCGUUUGCAAGACAUUCUAUGGACAUGAGAAGCCACAGCUUCAGUACGAACAGAUGAGUAGCAUGCGCCAGCCGAAGAUUUCCGAUUUUACCGCCGUCAAUGCCGUAGGUUUGGAGCGCUCGCCCGCUCCCCGGGCCGAGUACCGCAAUGUGUUCUACGUGCUUAACCAGUCGUCAGUACUGAGCGAACUGGACCUGAUGACGGGAGAGAGGCUACGGGAGGUCUAUCUGGCCGACUCUCAGUUAUGCAAGUUUAAAAGCAUUUCCUUCCACGACGAGCUGAAUCGCAUGUACAUUGAGUCGAACUGCAAUCCGCGAAAAGCUCAGAAUCCCGAGGUCAUCCACUCUGUAGUGGUCUUUCAGGUUCUGCCUUUGAAGUUGCUCGGAUUUGUCGAACUGAGAAAGGCACACUUUGGCAGCGGUCACCACCCAGGGGGAGCGCUGAAGGCGAUUGACUUUCACAAUGACAUUCUCAUCACCUAUCACGGCCAUAGCCGGGAGAAGUUGCGCGCCUACUUCUACGACUUUAGUCAGAUUCUCUGUCCAUCAAACAAGCUCUUUGACGCCCACCUGGAUAGAUAUUGCGACCCUGUCGGGCUCGUUGGCCACCGUCCGACAGGAAUACCGGUGAAUUACCUUAUGAAGGACCUUCCACCGCCGCUGUACUUUAUCGAUCGCAAUGUGGAGGGUAUUCAGUUCUCGCCGCUGCCACUGAUGCACAUCGUCGCCAGAGAGAAAGACGUUUUCGAGGUGUACGAGACUGCUUCGCAGAAGCUGAUUGGAACGCUAGGCGCUGAACUGAGUCCAGAUGAGCAUUUGGGCUAUGACAUGGAUGACUAUAUGGUGACCAUGGACUACCACGACAGAAUCGUCUACAAGGGCGCUGAGAGGAUUCUAGUGUAUAGCGUGAGAAAGCACAGCAACUCUGGGGAUCAAGCGGAUCUGGUUCUCGACUUUGAGUUACAGUUUCCAGAAGCGAAUAACCCGAAAGAAACCAGCGAAGACAGUUUACCGACAAGGGUGAUGCCUGCAAGGCUGUCCAAAUCUAACAGGCUGUUCAGUCUGUGUGAGGUUUCGAUCAAAAUUGUUGCUCUAAACUACUGUGAGACUCUCGAGCUGUUCAUUGUGUUGGCUGACAUUCCCAGCUACGCCAAAACUGGCUCUGUCCUGAUGUACGACGCCAUUGACGGACAGUUGAUGCUUCAGUUUCAUACUCCAUUGAUUGUCACAAAUGUACUGAAAUUCUUCUAUGAAAUUCACCUCUACUACGACUACAUUUACAUCCUGGAAAAAGCUGCGAGCACGCAAAAGUUCCGAGUUCUUGCCUUUCAGUUGUUCAGAGAUGUGGAGCCAAUUAA